CUGGAAGAGGACGAUUAUAAUGUCUAUCGUUCACCCAUCUUUGAUAUUUUCAGGUGACACCAGUAAUUACAAUGCAAAUACUUGCAAAAAGCCCGACUUCGGUAAAUGGCGUGACUGCAAUGGCAUCGGCGCUGGCUACUAUUACGACGACGGCAAGAAAUAUUGCGUUGUACUGACAGAUACUGGUUGCCCGAACCAAACACUGUUUCGUACACGCAAGAAUUGUACCGAUGUUUGUGAAUCAGAUGAAGGGCCAGAGCAUUGCGCCAAGGGCCCCGAAAGCCCUUGUAGCGGCACAGACAGGGGAAGGAAAAGAUACUUUUACAACAUAACGACGCAAGUUUGUUCCGCCUACCCGAGAUGUGGAGUAACACGCCCUUCGCUUGGGGAAAAUUCUUUCUAUACCAACAAUUCCUGUCAACAGGACUGUGGGGGCUUUACGGAAAACGACGUGAAGAGCCAGAAUUGAACCUCCCGACGAUGCCUAAUAUCAACUCUAGAGGAAUAACACUUUUCGUGACGCUCACGGUUGUUCUUCGGUGGAGGCAAUACUGAAGCAAUAAUCAAAUUUAAGUAGCUGGAAUAUUUUUGCAAAAGCUGUACAUACUGGGAAGAUA